AUGACAAACGAAGAGCUCUACGCAGUAAUACAUAAGAGUAAAAAGAAAUUAAACAUUAAAGAAGCGCCUGAAAGAGCCGAAUCUCCAGCGUUGUCUACUAUAAGCUUAUCGCCUGUUAGUUCCGAAACGUGCUUAUACGGUAAAGGGUCACAGCGACACCCCGAAACAGGCUACUUAGGAGAACCCAGGUGUAGAAUGUCCUGGUCUCCUGCUGAUAAAGGUAGUGGAUCACCAAAUGCCGGAAUAUAUUACGGUUCACCAAAACAAGAAACGACUUGUGCUGAUCGCUACGGUCCAGCACAACAGACUUCUAGGUUGGAUUUCAAAAAAUUAUUAUUGCAACACAGCGUUAAAUUAAACACUUUACCUCAAAAUAAAUCAAACAAACUAUCCGCUGUGGAACAAUUAAAAAUAUCAAAAGAAAAGGUACAAGCGCCAUCGACGCCUCCAGGAAAUAGAUCGCAAAUCAAUAUACUCGAUUUAAGUUCAUCGCCUAAGAUUUAUGCGCAGAGGAAAAUAAUGAAGACCCCCUUAUCGCCUGGAAGAGCUAAUGCUUUAUUGAAGGAUCAUAAAAACGCCCCAAAGAUUCUACUCUCACCCAAAGCACAAUGGCGAUUCUCAAGCCCGAGGUCCGACGUGUUAUCCACUCCUAUACCAGAAGCUAAUAAUGAAGAAGAGAAUUCUAAUAGCUCUGGUGAAAAACGCGAAACUUCUCCUGUUAGCCCACCAGCAAAAACAGUUCCUAUAGUUACUAAUCAACAUUUUGGUGCGCGAAGAAAUCUCAUUCCCAUAAAAGAAAUGGAUAUGGACCCAGAUGUUUCCCAAACGGUUCACCAAGGUGUGUUUCCACUCGCUAGUGAAUUCGCUUCGAAAGGCCUAUCACGAACAGAAAUUAUGCAAGCAAAGCGAGCAGAGUUCUUUAGCUCUCCACCAGAAAAUAAGCCUACCCUCACUUCAUUUAAAAAGCCACAAGAAACAGCCAGAAGCAAAGCUUCUCCGGAACGAGGAAGUACGUCGCCCAGUACAUUAGAGACAGCCUUAUGA